CACAUGUAAGUGCACUACAUGUUUACCUGUUUGAUCCAAAGUGAGUUUUCUACUUGAGGAAAGUCACCAUAUCACUAGAAGUCUGAAGAUCGGUCGUGAAAUCAUGAUCAGUCGACGUUUCUGAUCUGAUUAGCAUUACUAUGAACUAUAGAAACACAGAGUGCUAUGAGCAGGAUUCACUGGAACAUCUGAUGUAGAUAUGAAGCUCAAAGAGCUAGAAAGCUGCCUUCAACAGGUGGAUGGAUUUGAGGAGCCCAAAAUACUCCUGGAGCAGUACCUCACCAGUCCGCAUAUAGCGGGCUGUAUGUUGUACACCAUCCACAACACAUUUGAUGACAUACAGCAUAAACUAGUUGCAGACUUGGGCUGUGGAUGUGGGGUUCUGUCUAUAGGAGCUGCAGUGCUUGAUGCUGGACUGUGUGUUGGAUUUGACAUUGACGAAGACGCCUUGGAUAUAUUCAAAGGAAAUGUUGAGGAUUUUGAACUGUCAAACAUUGAUAUGGUCCAGUGUGACGUGUGCUCUAUUGGAUCCUCUUUUGCCAAAAAGUUUGACACGGUCAUCAUGAACCCGCCAUUCGGCACGAAGCACAACCAGGGUAUUGACAAUCGCAGUUCCUGAAGACAGCGAUUUCCAUGGCAAAUACAGCAGUGUAUUCCCUUCACAAGACCUCAACACGAGAUCACAUUCAGAAGAAAGCAAAUGAUUGGAAAAUGAAAAUGGAAGUCAUUGCAGGUAAUAUUUAUUGCACCUAAAAAC